AGCUGCGGACGGGACUCCCACAGUGCUGCCUGCCUGCCUGCCUGCCUGCCUGCCUGCCUGUCUCCCAGACCCACUGCAGCUCGGUCCCACUACACGAGUGUAGUGUGCACAGGUCCGAGGCAUAGCACUUGGCUGCAUGGCUGUGAAAGUUUCAUGGACUUCGAACUUGGAAAACUUAUAGUGGCGCUGUACUGGAGCCGGUCGCUUCAGUAGUUCCUGUGGAUUACUGGCAUACCGCAGGAUUUUGACAGCUAUUUAUUGGGGGGUUGUCGGCGUGUCCUCUGCACAAGCGUGAGCCGCGAUGGGGAGCAAAGCUCUGCACGCUCCGAUCCCCCUGCACCCGCCCCUGCAGCUCACUAACUACUCCUUCCUGCAGGCCGUCAACACGUUCCCGGCUGACCAGCUGCAGGGACUGUACGGCCUGAGCGCAGUGCACACCAUGCACAUGAACCACUGGACUCUUGGCUACCCGCACAUCCAAGGACUGAGAUCGACUAUCACAGAAAUGGCAGCCGCCCAGGGCUUGAUGGACCCCAGGAUUCCAUUCCCGGCUUUGCCCUUCACCGCCGCCGCGCAGCUCUUCCAUCCAAAACAAGCUUCAGUCACGCACGGCGUGCCCUCGCUCAUGCACAAGGACAGGCCGAGGUUCGACUUCGCCAAUCUGGCCCUGGCCGCAACGCAGGAGGACCCGCCGAAGGCUGCGGAUUUGGCCAAGCUGGCGUCGGGACUAGGGGGAACCAUAACCGAGCUGAACAAGCUGUCCCCGGACAGAAAACCCACGAGGGGCAGGCUCCCGUCCAAGACUAAAAAGGAAUUUAUUUGCAAGUUCUGCGGCAGGCAUUUCACCAAGUCCUACAACCUCCUCAUCCACGAAAGGACCCACACGGACGAGCGGCCCUACACCUGUGAUAUUUGCCACAAGGCCUUCAGAAGACAGGACCACCUCAGAGAUCACAGAUACAUCCACUCCAAGGAAAAGCCAUUCAAAUGUCAAGAGUGUGGGAAGGGAUUCUGCCAGUCUCGCACUCUAGCAGUCCAUAAAACCUUGCACAUGCAGGAGUCUCCCCACAAAUGCUCCACAUGCGGAAGAACCUUUAAUCAAAGAAGUAACCUGAAAACUCACCUUCUCACCCAUACAGACAUCAAGCCCUACAGCUGUGGCCGCUGCGGAAAGGUGUUUCGGCGCAACUGUGACUUGCGACGGCACAGUUUGACGCACAGCCCACAUCGGGACUUCUAGGUCUGGACAGAAAUAAACAAAAUAAACAGAAAGGAAAAAAAACAACAACAACAAUCAAACAAAUGGAAACGAGACGAGAAGUCAGCAACCUUUGUGCAUGGACAAUAUCCGAACGUGGACACUGCAAACACAUGACUUGAUUGCACAGCAUGUGGGACACCACCAUGUAAAUAUCAAGAUCGUGUACAUAAGAAAAACUGUAUUUUCUGGCAUUCAAAUGAUAAAGUUGUUAUAAAAAAAAAAACCCUGUGUUGAAUUUGUAUUUUAGAAAUAAAUAUUUCCAUUACA